UGUGCAUCAGUUUGUGGUCAGCAGCAAAAACAAAGUGAAUCAUCCAAGUGCAACAAAAGGCCUAAAUAGCCCAUCUCUCUACUUUUUGUGAACAAGUGAAAAAAAUCCAACAAAUUCAAGAUGCCUUGCCCAUGCGGAAGCGGAUGCAAAUGCGCCAGCCAGGCCACCAAGGGUUCCUGCAACUGCGGCACUGACUGCAAGUGCGGAGGCGACAAGAAAUCCGCCUGCGGCUGCUCCAAGUAAAAUUCGAGGAGAAGAACCAAAGAAGUCGACUUCCCUUUAUCACCGAACUGAUUUUUUUUAUAAUUUUCAUACAAAAAAAAUGUUUAUUUGCCAUUUCCCUCCACACAAUGUCCAAUUAAAGUAAUUGAAAACGAA